AGUUAAAUAUCAAUGGUUCGGAAAGUCAGAAGAGGAAAGAAAGACCGAUGUGGAAAUGAGUAAAUGUACUUUUUUCUUAAUUAAAAGGAUUAUUUCCAUCGUCUAAAAUACAUUCCUCACAUAGUGACUCGUAAGGAUCAAUAUAGAUUGUUAUAAAAAAAUGUACCUUACCAUACCAUAACUGUGUUGUAAGUGUGUACCCACCUAUUCAUGUCAUUGAUAGGUUGAAAGUAGUGCAUAAUUCAUAUUUUUCGACUUGUAGAUAAUAAAUGCCUAAAACGACUUUUAUGUUUCACUUGUCCAUCCGAAUGGUUUAGAUAACAAUAAAACGUAUGAGAGACAGGUCAAAUAUAUUUUUUCCGGUCUUUCGAACACAUAAAUUGCAUAAACUAAUUUUAGAAGUUUCAUUCAUUGAUCGACCAUUCUAACACAAAGAAACUGUCGCAAAAAUGUCACAAAACCGCCAAUUCAAUAGCAGGUGUCAAAAAAAUCUUCCCACGUAUACCAAAAACGAUACAAGACAUGUAGAUUCCAAAAAAAAAAACAAAUAGAUUCACUUACAAUAGAAUCUACCUGUAUUUUUUGCCCAAAGACGCAUUGUUAUAAGUAUUUAUACGCCUACUAAAGUACAAAGUAAAAUCCAUAAGUUAUUCGUUUUCUUUAAUACCUUACCAUUACCUGGGAUGUUGUGUCAAUCGUUCACCAAUAUUCUCUAAAACGAACCAGUUUACAUGCUAUUUAUGAUCACUAAUGAUUGAUAUGUUUCUGGAGGUCCAUCUUAUUUGGUCCACCUAAAGAGAGCACAUUAAAAGGGAUGGAAAUAAUACCCCUGCAUCUUAUCCAGUGCGCAUGUCCGUAACGCCUCCAUUGUCAAAACCACAUAACCUAAUUCGCUUACAAUAAAUAUUAAUAACACUGUUAAUUAAAUUAAAUUGAUGUGAAAAACAAUUUGUAAUGCUGGCGUUUUUAAUUUGUGAUGUGCUGUAUUGAAAUUAAAAAUAAAUCAUGAAGUAUUUUUAUUUUAACUGAUGAUAAACAAAAGUGUGUACAAAUAUGCAGCCAGUGCAUUUUAUGGUGAAUUUAAAAGUAAAUAAACGUGUCAGUGUUUUAAAAGUGUAAUAUUACAAUCAGUCAGUGAAUUUGCAAUGUAAAUAUAGCAAAUGCGUUUGUUAUUCCAUCGAAAGGUCAUUGUUCUUUACAGAGAGGGUGUAAAUAUCGAUUUUACGCAAAUGGCGGGCAGUUUGAAAGUUCCUUCGACAAAACAAUAGAAUAAAAAGAAUAAUGACGAAAAAACGGACUUGAUUGUGUUUUGCUUUUAAAUCGUAGUGGCUAAGGUUUUAUUUUAAAGCCUAGUUUUUAAUAGUAAAGAUAUGCAAGCGUGCGGAGUGAUGCAAUUGGUACAAUAUGAAGUAUCGACACCACAGUCGACGAUCGCGGGCGACGUGGCACAACACUAUGUGCCGCCGCCGCCGUAUUUUGCGGCCGUCAACUGCGCCACGACCGCCCCCUGCCGCCGCCACAAGUACGCCUGGUGGUGCGUCGGCUGCGGGGCGCUGGCCGCCGCCCUGGGGGGCCUGCUGGCGCUGCAGCACAUCAUAGUGCGCUUCUACACCGAGUCCCCGCAGCAUCUUGAAACUGUGCCCGCUGCCGUGCCAGCUGCUAUGCUGGUGCUAACUGGCGUGUGUAUUAUGAGCCUCGCUCGUCGCCGCAACCGUUACAGCUAUAUGGUAAGAAAAAUCAAAGUAGUUGGUGCCUGCUGCCUGGCCUGCGCCCUGACUUGCGUUCUGGUCACCAUCACGACGACAUACAUACAUAUGAACAAGCUACAGAAGCUGCAACACUGUGAAUACACCAAGAAGGCGAGGACGUGUACCUGCUUCUCCACUCGCCCGGACUCGGCUCACAUUGGCAAGGAAGAUGAACUCCGAUGCGUGUUCGAAGGCGUGUCAAGUUGCGAAGUCGUGCGCGGGGCGUUGCUAAUAUGUCUUCGGGGUGUCUUCGGUCUGUCCGUGUGUGCUGUGCUAGUGUGCAUGUUCAGUUCCAUGCUGGCUUAUCAAUUAUUACGACAUGAACGCAAGAAGAUGUACUGGGAGCAGCUGGAGCUCCGUUGCCGUUCCUUGUAUCGCCCACCUACAGGCCAACAGCCACAGCCUAGAGCCGUCCAGCCAAGUUGCAGCUGCUGCGCUCAGUGCCACCCCACGCAACCCGCCUGGGACAUUAGCCUGCAGCACAGGUUCUGGGCGCCUGGUCGCAUAGGAAACCUGUACUCACCAAACCCUGGUACUGUGAGGAAGACUUCGGCUUGGAGUUGGUUCCCGUGGCCCCGGAGCAACAGCCAAAACUCUCGUUGCCGCAUGGGCGUCCCUCAAUCCGGAGACAGUGCUUACGGCUUCUGCGAGACAGAAACCCCCACCAACCCCCAAGGAUUCGAGGAACGGUUCCCGGCCAAUUUUCAGACAUUCCAGAGGAACCAGGCUGGCUUCCAGAGUUCUGGGACCUUCCAGAAUUAUCCAGCUCAGAUGCAGCAAGGAUACCAGGGACAAUAUCAGGUGGAAGGAUUUGGAGAAGCCAGCGGCAGUUUCGACGCUCAAACGGGAGUGUGGGGUCCGCCGCCGCCGUACAGCCCUCAAGGGCGGAGCGGCAGUCGCCACCACCUCCACCAAGACCCAGCAGCCGCCACCCUCCUCCAUCACCACCACAUCGACGUCCACCGCAACUCGACCCACGAGCACACCAUGCCUCACACCUGCCGCAACUCUUACAUGCUUCAAAACCCGGAUAUCCGGACCGACAUGAGAGAGCGACCCAACGAUCCAAGGAUAGCUACUGAGCUCGCGAGAAUGAACCCGGACAUAGCAAGGAUCAAUCCGGACAUGAUCCGGAUAAAUCCGGAAAUGGCGAGAAUCAAUCCCGAAAUAAUCAGAAACCAAGAGAUGGCCAGGAUUAAUCCGGAACUUAUUAGAAAUCAAGAAGCUAGGAUAAAUCCUAUAAAUCCAGAAAUGAGAAUGAAUCCGGAUAUGGUGUUGAAUCCGGAUAUGAGGGAAAUGCAUUUGGCCCAGAUUUAUCCGCCGGAGGAGUUGGCUAGGCUGCAGGAGAUGCAUUUGCCCGAUGCAAGGUUCAAUACUUUGAGGGGACAUUUGGUGCCGUAUCCGUGUCAAAGAACGUUAGGAAUGAGUGCGGGUAAUCUGCACAGAGACUGUCGUUUGGACGACAACGUCGCCAUCGAGUGCUUACACCAAAAGAGCGCUAGCAAAGUUUCAGAUCAAAGCAGCGACUCGUGCCCUCCUAACCCCAAGCAAGGGAAAGAAAAUUUAGGCUUUCAGAAUGAUAAGCAUUCCCCCAUUCGGUCUUCGAUGCAAGACUGUCAUCGCGGGAACCAGAAUGCAGAAUCUGAGGUGUAUUUCGCUGAUGUAUCCAGCUGCUGCAAUGUUUCUGUAAAGGCGGAUUGCUGUUUGAACCCGAACGUAUCAGCCCUCGUAGGCACCAUCGAAAACCACCCUGAGUCCACUUCCGAGUCUGACACGGGCUCCUUCACCCUCACGAGACAGCAGCGCCCCCAACCGCAGGUCGGCUCCAAACGCCGUCCGAGGCAAGAAAAACACGCGAAACAGGCAAGAGAAAACAAUUCCCUAAGAUUGACAGAACAGCAAAUAGAACAACUCAAUAACUCCAUGAGAAUGAGCAUGAAUGAUUCUAGAAUCAGCGAAAGAAUUAACGAUUCUAGAAUCAGCGGAAUUAAUGAUUCCAGAAUAAGCGAACGACUUAAUGAGUCUAGAAUUAAUGAUUCUCGGAUAAGCGAACGGUUAAAUGAGUCUAGAAUUAAUGAUCCUAGAAUAAGCGGUAGCGCCAAUGAUUCUAGGAUAAGCGGAGCGAUGGAGUCUAGGAUCAGUGAUAGAAUGAACGAGACGCGUUUAAGCGAGCGCUUAAACGAUUCUAGAUUAAGCGAUAGACUUAACGAGACUAGGUUAAGUGAGCGUGCGAUAAGCGAUAGAAUGGAACGUGAGCGGGAUUCUAGAAUCAGCGAUAGAUUAAACGACAAUAGAAUGAGCGGUCGUAACGAUUCUAGAGAUCGCCUUAACGAUUCCAGAAUCGAACGAGACGAAGGUAGUCCUAAAUCACGUCAAGUUAGAAUACCUAGAUUCAGCCCAAAGUCUAACCAUCCUAGACAGUUGAGUUCAGAGUCAAAUAAAGCGGAGUUCUUCGCGCCUCCGCCGCCAAAUCAACCUUUAUCUCCUACAGCAGAAAAGCCAUUAUUGAAUGAAGAUCAGGUAUAUUCUAAUGAGGCUGAGACAUCUUGUCUCGGUCCUGACUCUCAAUAUGAAAGUGUUCGGGAAGAGAAGGAUGAGAUCAAAGUGCAUCAUCAUAGACAUUGCUAUAGUGAUACUAAUACUAUGGAUUCAGGGUGGCAGAGUGGCUCUGAAAAACAGGUCACUGACUAGAAAAAAAAUUGUCAAGUGGAUCGAAUGUAGACUAAGAUAAGUCUACAGUGAUUUGACUGGGCAAGUGUUAUUUAAAACGUGAGACUUCUAUAAAAAUUAUGACGUUUAUUUAUAUAACACUUAGCCAGUCUGUGCUAUCAAAAUCGUUGCAGACUUAUCUUGGUUAUCUUGGUUGGGUUGGUUGGUUUUGGUUGGUAUGGCGGAUGUCAUGUCGUUUUGCUUCGAUUGCCGGGUUUCGUGAAUUUAAUUGUAAAAUUGGGCUGAAUUGAACGAAUAUAAAUAGGUGACGAGGCAGGUUGUAAAUCAUCGGAAUUAUACUAUCUCGAUCGCAGUUGCACGGUCGUAGGAAGCGGUAUACGCAAUUCGAAAAAAAAAAUUACAUUAGUAAAAAUGCUCAGUGCCAACAACGCUCAUACGCGUUCAGAGCAGUUAAGUUGUAUCUUGAUUUAUUUUGAUAAAUUCAAUCGUUCGAUUAAGUGUUCAAUAUUCAAUUUGAAUAGUAGGAAUACUGAGAACUGCCAAUAAUUUGUUCUUAAUAGUGAAAUUCAGAAAGUUUAUUUUAAAUAAUGAGGUGUAAGCGGUAUUUUUGUUCGAAGUUGAUGAGUUGAUUGUUAAUUAAUUCAAAUAUAACGGGUGUUUCCUGUAACAGAAGCAAUAAAUUAAACUGUAGGCUGUAGGCUAUGGGGUAUAGUGAACUACUCCUUAAACUAACCAACAUUUGUUCAGUAACUUUUAAAAAUAACUUUUGUUUUGAUAAUUAUUUACACUUUAAAGUUUAUUCUAAGGCGCAAUGUAUUGAAAAUUUUGUUAUGUUUAAACCGUGAAAAGCAACGUCAACAUACUGAUGACAGCGUACAUUGAAAAUAAUAUUAAUUU